AUGUCGGUAGAAAGAUCAUUUGAAGCAUGGGAAGAGGUCCAAAGGCAUGGCCAGGACCUUGCCGACCGGCUAGCUCAAGGCUUUUCAGGCCUUAUACAGUCACAUAUCACUCACCCACCUGCUUUUUCUUGGCCAAACCCUCCAAAAUCGAAGCUUUUCGAUUUGGAGUUUCCGGCACAUGGUUUUAGUAAAGGGGAUUUUGGGGUUUUGACUGAUAAUUCUGGUAUAAAUGGGUUUUCAGCGAUUUUGGAUGUUGGAAAUAGGAUUGGACAAGCUGGGGCUGAUUUUGGUGCGGCUUUGAAUGGGAUGGUGCAUCAAUUUUUUAGGAUAUUGCCGUUGCCGUUUAAGCAGGAGGAGAGUGUGCGGCUUGGGGUGAGGAUGGAUGGUAAGAGGAGUGAGGUGGGGCUGGGUUUGGAGGGAGAGUUGGGUUUGGUUAGUGAAAGGUUGAGGGAUUUUGGGUUUGUGGAGGAUAAUGGUGGUGUUGGUGGUGGUGGUGGUGGUGGUGGAGUGGAGGGGUUGUUGGAAGAGGAGAUUGGUGGGUUAAAUUUGAAGGGUGUGGGAUAUCUUGGUAAACCACAGGGGACCAUAAACAUUACCUCAACUUAUGACAGCAGAACUCACAACAUUGAGAGUUCUUUGGUUGCAAGGGGAGAUUUAUGGAGGGUAGAGGCAUCACAUGGAAGUUCCACAUCAGGAAAUGAUAAUGCAUCUCUGUUCCUUGUCCAGCUUGGACCUGUGCUGAUCGUGCGUGAUUCAACCUUUCUUCUGCCCGUGCAUCUGUCAAAGCAACACUUGCUUUGGUAUGGCUAUGAUAGGAAGACUGGAAUGCAUUCUCUUUGUCCAGCUGUGUGGUCAAAGCAUAGAAGGUGGUUGUUAAUGUCAAUGCUCUGUCUCAACCCUUUAGCUUGUGCUGAAAUUCCAAAUUUAGAGUUUAGUUUGGGUGAGGGGGCAGGAGAGCUUGUGGAAAUUAAUUUCAAAAGGGAAGAAGUAAGAAUAUCUGAGCAGCCUUGCCAUCCUUCCUCCUCCUGCCAUCAAGCACAAACCUCUCCUAAAGCAGAUUUACAGUUUCCAAAUGGGCAAAUGACCUAUGUAUCUGGUGAGGGGUUGUCGACCAGUGCUUUCUUACCUCUUCGCGGAGGUCUUCUCCAAGCUCAGGGGCAAUAUCCUGGGGAAAUGCGAUUCAGCUUCUCUCGUAAGAAUAAGUGGGGAACACGCAUCACACCAAUGGUUCAAUGGCCUGACAAAUCGUUUACAUUAGGCUUUGCACAAUCCUUAGCAUGGCAGAGAUCUGGUCUUAUGGUGAGGCCAACAGUUCAGUUCAGUUUGUGCCCCACUUUUGGUGGAAGCAAUCCUGGGUUGCGUGCAGAACUGAUUCAUUCAGUGAAUGAUCAUCUGAAUCUGAUAUGUGGCUGUGCUGCGACGACGCACCCUUCUGCAUUUGCAUCUAUAUCGUUGACAGAAUGGGACCCAGGAUUCUCUGUCAUUGCCUAUGGUCAUAAUAUGCAUACUAUGGCAUCUUGCAUGGUGGAAUCAAUGAUGGUCUUGAAGACAUUGAUGAUUGUAGGUAAAUGGGGUACUGUCGGUGUUAUUUUUUCAUCAUUGUCUAACAUCCAGUUUUCUUUGGUGGCCCCAUUGCAGAUUGGCAGGUCUAAGUGGAAUGGUAAUGUUGGGAGCUCAGGAAUUGUUAUGAGGCUUGAUACUCCACUCUCCAAUGUUGGCCAACCUUCCUUUUCUGUACAGAUAAAUAGUGGUGUUGAGUUUUGA